CUGGCAGAUCUCCAGCUCUCGCGGCGAUUCCACACUGCAAAGCAAGGGAGGAGAGAGGGCCUGAUCAGAGAGAGAGAGGAGAGAGAGAGAAGGGGGGAGAGAGAGGCUAGUCUUGCAGCAGUAAUUGGUCAGGAAGUGGGGCUGCUUGGAUGUGCGAGCUCUUCUCUCCCUUCCCUCCCAGUGGGCAGUCAGUUCCGUUGCUUCCAUCUGUUCUCCCCCCCCAACAACACUCGCUCUCUUUUUCCUCUCUGAACUGACCUCACACUGUAGAAGGUGUGGACCGAGGACCGCCGAGCCCUACCUGCCUCUCUCUGAGAUAGUGUAGAAACUUUUUCAAAUGCACCGACAUGGAUCUAACCUGUGAAAGGAUACCGGGACGGCAGCGGCUGAGGAAAGGCUAAUCGUGGGAAUGGUCUCUGUGAGGGAUCUCUCCUCCUCAUUUCUCACUGUCUUGCAGUCGCACUCGUCCCUUGGCUUUAAAGUGUUUGCAGAGACGCUGCCAAAGUGAAGACAAAGACGUCCGUGCUACGAUUACAGCUACCUGCCUGAUGCGCUGCCUCCUCUUCCCGAAGUGCCGGACUCUGGCUCGGUCCUGAGCUCCGUUGACAUCUCAGCCCGCUGCCUCUGCAACCCGGCCUCCCGCCACGCUUCCUCGCGCUACUGCUCCGCCCUCAGUAUGGACUCGUCGCCGGACAGCGCCGAGAGGCCCAUCAGCUACAGCUCCACCUCGUCCUCGGCCUCCUCCCGGGACAGUCACUGCUCGCUGGGGAGCCGCUCCACUCUGGUCGCCGCCCCUCACUGUAACCCCGUCACCUCCAACAGGGACUCUGGGGCGAUCCGGUUGGAGCUGGUCCCUGCCAGGCAGCUGGGCUGUGGAGAGGACGACGACAGGAAUGAUGGAGGGAUGGACACAGGGAGUGGGAAAGGGAGACAGACUGCGACUGAGCAUUCAGAACCAGAGCUGAGCCCAGAGGGUGGAGAUGGGACCAGUCAGGUGCAGGGAACCAUAACGUACGUGGACCGAGUGGUGAAGGAAAUACUGGACACGGAGAGAACCUACGUACAGGACCUGCGCAGCAUUGUAGAGGACUAUUUGGAGUGUAUCAGCAACAACUCCCGACUGGCCUUGAGCUCUGAGGAUAAAGGUUCACUGUUCGGCAACAUCCAGGACAUCUACCACUUUAACAGGGACCUUCUUCAUCAUCUUGAGAAGUGCAACGCAGACCCUGUUGCCAUCGCCGAGUGCUUUGUAUCCAAGAGUGAAGAGUUCCACAUUUACACCCAGUACUGCACCAACUACCCACGGUCGGUGGCUGUGCUCACAGAGUGCAUGAGGAACAAGGCGCUGGCCAAGUUUUUCCGCGAGCGCCAAGAAUCUCUGCGGCACUCCCUGCCCCUGGGCUCCUACCUGCUCAAGCCAGUGCAGAGGAUCCUCAAGUACCACCUGCUGCUGCAUGAGAUAGCCAACCACAUGGAGAAGGACACAGAGACGUAUGAGGUUGUGCAGGAAGCCAUAGACACCAUGCAGAGAGUGGCCUGGCACAUCAACGAUAUGAAGAGGAAACACGAGCACGCCGUGAGGUUGCAGGAAAUCCAGAGCCUGCUGACCAACUGGAAGGGUCCCGAUCUGAUUGGCUACGGAGAGUUGGUUCUCGAAGGAACGUUUCGUCUGCAGCGAGCCAAAAAUGAAAGAACUCUGUUCCUUUUUGACAAGCUUCUGCUGAUUACCAAGAAACGAGAAGAAACCUACACAUACAAGGCUCACAUCCUGUGCUGUAACCUGAUGCUGGUGGAAGUUAUUCCUAAAGAACCGCUGAGUUUCAGCGUGUUUCACUACAAGAAUCCCAAACUGCAGCACACAGUCCAGGCCAAAUCACAGCAAGACAAGCGCAUGUGGAUCUUACACCUGAAGAGACUCAUACUUGAAAACCAUCCUGCCAAAAUCCCUGCCAAGGCCAAGCAAGCUAUUUUGGAGAUGGAUGCAAUGCAUCAUCCUGGCUUUCAUUACAGCCCUGAUGGUGACAAGAAGGAUUCCCCCCAAACCAAGGAAGGCCCCACUCCUCGUAGAGGACGCAGGAAAGAACCCCUUUCCAAAUUACUGAAGAAUGCUAAGCAGAAUGCUGCCAACACUGAUGGUGAAAAACGAACCAGUCUAGGUGCCACCCUGCUGUCUCCAGUGUCCCAGCUGGCUCUGGGCACUAUAGGUCGCAGCCGUAGCCUCAUCAACCAAUCACAGGAGUCCUUGGAUCCUGGUGAUCACUAUGACCACAGCGACAGAGAGGAAGGGGAGGAACUGCAUCAACAAGAUGCUGAUGAUGAGGAUGACAGUGGACUGGGAGGCGGAAAGAGGCUGCGAGUUCCUGGCAAAAGCAGUAGGAAGAGGCUGAACCCUCAGGCAUCUGUUGAUAGUAUAGAACAAUGGAAAACCUUCAACAUGAGCGCCUCCGACCUACAGAGAGCCAGAGAAUCCUUAGUGAGGGACGGAAGCCACCAUCCGCCACUGCUCAGGACACCUCGCGUCACAGAGGAGCCUCCAGACGUCCCCAUCCCCUCCGUCAUAGUCACAGAAAGUGACCACUCUGUGAGGAACAUAUGGGCCGACCAUCGGGCUCGCAGGGCCAUGUUCCCGACCCGCCAGAGGACCAUGCAGCCUGAGGAUGAGGACGAGGACAUCUACCAGAUGUUUGUUCCAACAGAGCCGAGCGGACCAGAACCAGAGGCGCCCUCAGAGAAGUCAGAGGCUCCCUCAUCGCCCAGAGCAGCUCGGCCCUGCAGCUGGCAUGUCGAACAGGUGCCUACAGUGCAGGUUGACCCUCCACCCAGUAAUGGCAGAGUCCUGCGUAGGGCGAGUAGUGCUGGGGAGAAGGCUAUGGAAGCUCGACAGAGUCCUGAAGAUGACCAGACUGAUCACAGCAACCUGGAAGUGAUCCACACUGAAUCAUCCAGCAAUGAUAUAUCUGGCUCAUCCUCAGCUGAGCAGCUGACAAUAGAUGAUAUUGAAAAUGUGUAUGACAAUAUCAGCUAUGAGGACUUGAAGAACAUGGGCCUCAUCAGAAGGGACCCUGAAGAAAACCAGUCACGGAAGGAAACGUCAGCAGAUGCACAGGGUUCCCAAAGCCAAACAGAAAGGCUACCAAGGGUUCCAGUGGUCACAGAGCCCGUGAUUGAACCAGACAAUUCUUCGGAGAGCAACAGGUCCUCCAUACAGGAGGGGAAGCCAUUUGAAACAUGUGAACUCAAAAUAGUGGAGGAGAAUAUCUACGACACCAUCUGCUUUAGGGAGCCACCAUCCACAGAACUCAAAGGAAUCAAUGAAGACAAUAAACUAAAACAAGAGAGGGACAGUCUGCUAGCCUCAGAACAGGACCUGACUGGAAGUCUUGGAGGGUUUGUUUCUGAGGAGAGCCUCCACUUUGGAGAGGACGAUGGACCAGAGGCCUCCUGUAUUGUUCCAUCUUCGUCUGAGCCAGAUUAUUCCUCGUCUUCUGCUUCGGAGACUUUCCCACAGCGCUCACAGAAAGGAGACAAGAUGUCUGAGCACGUCGAUGAGAUCUGGAACGACUUAGAAAACUACAUCAAGAACAACGAGAAGAAAGCUGAUCGACUUCCUGCUGCGUUUCCUGUUAGUGCCAACGAGUCACCAAAGAAGGCCUCAUCUGUCAAAAACAGUCCCACAAAGUGUCCUCCUGUAAUUAGUUCUCCAGCAACCAGCCCUCUAACCAAGAGUCCCCCAGUACAUCACCCUAAACCCCCACCUGUUACCUCCACACCAUCAUUCACCAUCCCAGUUAUCAACCUUCCAGACCUUCAGAGUGAAAGUACCACUGAAGAAGAAAUCCACAACCCUGCUCCCACAUCUCGCCCCCUUCCUGCCACCCCAGAGCCCCUCCCAGGCACUGUGAAGAGCAUUCGGAACAGACUGGCUCGACUCAGCAGCGGCAGCUUCCGCCUGGAGGACGACGAUCUGGUGGAGCUCCCACCGAGAAGCACCUCUCCGAAAGAGAGCACCCUCAAGGACCUUCAUAGUUUGUUUCCAGGGGAGCUGGCAGGUCUGGACUCUCCCCUGGCUUCCUCCUCUCUGCUCCUGGGUGAGUCUGUGGACUUUCCCCUGGAACUGAUGGACAAAACCAAGAGCCGUGUGUUCCUGAUGGCACGCCAGUACAGCCAGAAGAUCAAGAAAGCCAACCAGCUGCUGAGGAUGAGAAGUAUGGACCCUGGAGACUCUUGUAGUCGGGCCAGAGCAGAGAAGAAGCAGAAGGACCUUGCUGCCAUCUUAGAGGAGAAGAAACAAGGGGGUGCAGCCAUAGGCGCGAGGAUAGCAGAGUACUCCCACCUCUAUGACCAGGUGAUGUUUAAGGACUGUCCCGGUCAGACCUCUGCUACUCCGCAUCACAGCCAUCCAGGGCUGCCGUCGUCUCCGUCCAUGCCUGAGACCUCCCUGGAUGAGGACUGGCUCCACUCCACCUACAGCAACGGAGAGCUGGCCAGCUUCGUCUCCUCCAGCGAGGCCGGCGACGCUCGAGCGUCUUCCACCCCUCAGUGCAGACUCACCUCAUCCUGCUCCAUCCCCUCCCUCAAGACCUUCCCUCCCUCUCCCACCACCCCGCCGUCGCAGAGGUGGAGCUCGUGCAUGUCGGCGCCGAGCGAGAAGGAGGAGCACGUGUACAGCUCCAUUAAGAGACAUCCCUCCUUUAACGCACCGUCUCCAAAGUCCUCCCCACCCAGUCACUGUCAGUCGGUCGGCUCUCUGGACGGCCAGCAGCAGGAGAAGAACCACCAAUCUGGACUCAAAUGUAACGGAGCCACCGUGGAUCGAUCCGCGGACAGACUUCACGGCCCCAGUUUGGGUCGGGCCGGUCGGCAGAGCAGCCUCCCGGAGCGGUUCAGCCAGGGACAUUCGGAGCUCACUUUACAUGAUGGCCAACACGUGGUCGUCCUGAACCGGGAUUCUGCGCUGAGCAUACUCACAGCCACCCAGAACUACCUGGCCAACUUCAAGGACAAUGGGGAAGACGACGACGACUACGUAGAGAUCCGCUCGGAGGAUGAGAGCGAGCAGGAGCGGGACAGGUUGGUGCAGAGGAACGGCAGCUCCCUGUCCAGUCAGAACCGGGUGCUGGUCCAGUCUCAGAGUCUGCCGUCCACACCGGUCCGAUCCUGCGACCCGCUGAGGUCUCUGGACCGGGAGCAUCUGGAGAAGUACCUGUGGAGCGAACCGCAGCAGAACCAACCCAACAUCGUCCAGUCUCUGAGGGAGAAGUUUCAGUGUCUGAGCUCCAGUAGCUUCGCCUGAGGUCACCUGCCAACAAAAAGCCAAAUAUAUAUCAACAUACAGCGUAUAGUAACAAAGGGGACACUGCUGCUUUGCCUCGAUGCUCUACAUCUGCUCCUACAUCGCAAACCACACACAAAUAUCACACAAUUAUCUGUCAACAUAGAGCAGAAGCAGUUUCUUUGAUCGCUGCUGUAUUUGUAUUGACAUGUGAAUACACUCUGUUACAGGGCUUCAAAAGAAAACACAAAAGGUUACUAAUAAUGGUCAAAAAGCCACAUCAAAGCCUGCAUUAGCACUUCCAUGAGAUCUGGUAGGAAAAGUUGGCCAGAUGUUCUCAAAACAGAGUUCUCACUUGUUCGUUAAGGCACUCAGCGAAUGAAAUGGAACAUUCAAAGCAACUUCAUGUGUGAGCUUUGUGGAGAUAAUUGGAGUGUGAUGCUGCAGGAGGGCACAGUAGUUCAGGAUAGCUGUUACUGAAAUAAUAAAUCAUCUUUUAGCUGUUCAGCAUCUCAGACAGAAGCAUCAAACAUGUGAGAAAGUUUCGCAGAUUUUCUCUCCACGUAUCAGGAGAGGCUCUCCAGUCACGAUCCCUUUCAUUUAAUUUCAUUCUUAAGGUUAUUUUAACUGCAUUUCAGCUCUUGUUUAAUCUUAACCCAGAUAGGAGGAACAAACCACAGCUGCAGCUAGUGUUUUUUAAAUCGUGCUUCUUAUACUAUCAAGCAGUUGGGACAACAAGCAGCUUUUCAAAUUCACAGUUCAGAUGUGCUACACGGGCUAGUUUUAGCAGCUUUUUAAGCAAUAAUUGUAACAAACAGGAUGCAGCUGUAAAGAAAACAUGUUGGCUAUUACAAGAUCCAAUAGGUUAAGUAAAACUAGACCUUUAAGUCUAUUUGAAGUUAUUGUAUGCCACUCUGCCGAUUUGUCACUAGUAGAGUGUCCUGCUUUAAAAAUGUCCAGAGAAUAUGCUGAUAUUUUAGAUAAUCUAUAAGAAAGCAUAGGAUUUCAUAUUUAUUUCCAAUCUGUGAGCAAAUCAGACGCGUUUUUAUGUUUAAUAGUCUGGGGGCCUCCUUCACAUACAGAAAAAUAUUCAUCUCAACAGGUAGAUGAUUAAUUUUUUUUGUUUUCAAAUCAUGCUAAUUUUAAUUUUUAAGUGGGACCACAAACGAGCAUUAUGGAGAGUUAGUUAAAAGAUUACAGUACAGUACUGUGUUUGGUGUUUUUUUUUUUUACUCAAAUAGUGAGCUGUUUGUUUACCUUGUUUACAUCAUGGGACACUACUGAUAUCACAUCCUCACUCAGACUGAAAGCCACAUUCAGAUAGUUGUAAGUCACUUCAUUAAGGUUCCUGCAACACAUUUGUUUUAUCUCCCCUCAAAGCAACACAUACAAUAAACCACACACUUUUUUUUUUAAGAAAACACUAAAUGUGACCUAUUUAUUUGAAAGCAUCCCUACGUUACUGCCCCUCGUCACUAUUACUGCAAGCCACACACCGGUUGUAAAUGAAAGUAAAAGGUAUUUAUUAAAAGAUGUUUUUAUUUUAAUUUAGGGACUCACAAAAUUUGAAUCAAAUACUGUGAAUUUUUUUUUUCAGAAAAUGGUUGUUUUUCUGUCACGCACUGCUACUUAAAUAAUAAAUCACCGAAACACAAACGUUGAGAAGCACAAAACAUGGCCUACUGUUCAUAUCAGGAAAUGUGCAUCAACCACAAGUUAGGAAUAUGAGAAUAUGAAGUAUGUUCUUUUUGUUUGUUUUUUUUCAUUGUAAAUUUUUUUUGUCCUCUGUUUUCACUGGUGGGGAUUGUCAGUCUUUAUUGACUCUUUUUUUGCACUUUUCUGUCUUUUUUUUACAUUUUAAUUGUAAACACUUUGUAAAGAUGUACAUUUUAGGAAAGUUAUUCUUGUAUGCCCUAGGUAUGCUUUAUAAUGCUUUGAUGUUUAAGUUAAGUGUACUGUAUUUUUUUAACUGCCUAGUUGUCAUCGCUCAACAAAACAAUGUAUUGGAGGUAAUAAAAUCAGAUUAAACUCUU